UUUCUCUUACUAAUCAAGUCACCAUACUGCUACUUUCCAUCUCCACUCUCAAGUCCCCAUCUGCAAUAGACAGGUUUAGAUUAAAAGAGUAGAAAGUCAUAAAUAUGAUAAAUGAGAAAGGGUUGGAAUAUUGGACCAGCUGCUCCACAUACUCUGCCAUCUCUUGCAAUCUCUCCAUGUUUAUACACUCACUUGCCCCUGUUCCUUCUUUACAGAGUUGAAAAUGUCAAAAUUAAUAUAUAUUUAAAAGCCGCAUUACGUUAGACACAUUGACACAGACCAGAUAAAGAGAGACCUCCUACUGACAAAUAGGCCUCUGAUUGGCUGCAUUAUGUGUGUUAAAUGGUCGACUUAGAACCUAGAAUGAGUGUCGUGAGUUGUGAGCUGGGAUGUUUUUAAUUGUGGUGUGGUCUGAGAAAAACCAUAUUGCAUUGCUUUCGCCUGUUUAAGCUUCUCUCAAACGUCCUGUAAAUCCAUCAGUAUCCUGACUAAAUAACCUUAUAAUUUUUUUCAUCUUUCUUUUUCUCCUUCCCUACUGUUACAGGCUUGAUGACAUCAUGUCCAGAUAUCACUCCCCUCCUUUCCAGACACUCUUCUUCCUCCCUAUUUUCCUCUUCACCCUCUUCCCUCUCUCCCUUCUUUCUCCUCUUCUUUCUCAAUCUCCUCUCAGCUGGACCUCACCUCAUGACCCCUGCUACCACCUGGAUGGGCGUCCACGCCACUGCCUAUCUGAAUUCAUCAAUACGGCCUAUGGGGUGCCUGUGAUGAUGGAGGACCUCCAGCAAGGACCCAAGACAAACAUCAGCACUUUAACAGAUCUUCAUAACCCCCACAAUCUCACGUGCUGGACAGCUGCCGAAGGCUCGGGGGGUGGGGAUUGGACUUUAACAGUCCCCCUAGGCAGACGCUUUGAAAUCACUUACAUUAGUCUUCAGUUCUGUCAACAGGUGGAGUCGGUGGAAUCCUACUCCAUGUCCAUCUUGAAGUCAAUGGACUUUGGCCGGAGCUGGCGCCCCCUACAGUUUUAUUCAAGCGACUGCAUGGGCACAUUCGGCCGCCCUGUACAGUCCAUCGCUCAAACAAAGCACCAGGAGACGGAGCCGCUGUGUUCAGAUCCCAGACCAUUGCAGAAGCAUCGUGGAAAUGCCGUGCUGGCCUUCUCGACUUUGGAUGGACGUCCUUCCUCGCCAGAUUUCGAUUACAGUCCAGGGCUACAAGAUUGGGUGACUGCAACAGACAUAAGGAUAGUAUUUAAUCAGUCCUUGGAUAAAACGAAAAAGCAAGAAGAGAAACUGAACGAAGUGGGAGGCACAUUUAGAUGGAGGGAAAGGGGAGACAACGCUCUGAGGUUUGGUGAGAAAAACACUGGCGUUAAGACAUCUGAAAUUUGGAGAAACAGGCAAGGAAAACAGAAUUCCACACAGAGAAUUAGAAACAAAAGCACUGUGCACCAAAGUGGCCACAAUGUUACACGAAAGGAGAUGGGACCUCAAGGUAGAGUGGGAAGGGGACGUAAGAAGGACAGUUACAAGCCAUGCCAGGACGGCACAUGUGAUUGGUCCCUAAAUAUCCCGCAGCAAGGCUCCAAAGGGCGAGAGUUGAGGAGAAGAAGAAACAAUGCAGGGAGGGGGAAGUCCCAUUCUAAAUCGAGAAAAAACACCUCACGCAACCUCGUUUCAUCAUCUCUUUAUGCCUUAUUGAAACCCUCUCUCGCCCUUUCCGACCUGCAGGUCGGCGGCAGGUGCAAGUGCAAUGGCCAUGCCUCUCGCUGUCGACGCGACAACCAGGGGCGUGCCGUGUGUCAAUGUGAGCAUCACACAUCUGGGCCGGACUGUGAUGUGUGUGAGCAAUUUUUUUACGAUCGCCCGUGGCAACGGGCCACACCCAGCCAACCACACCCGUGCGUCCCAUGUGAAUGUAACGGUCACUCAACUAAGUGUAGGUUCAGUAUGGCCGUGUAUCAGCAGUCUGGUCGAGUCAGUGGAGGCAUUUGUUUGAAGUGUCGGCAUCACACAAUGGGACGCCACUGCCAGUUCUGCCAGAACGGAUAUACGCGAGACCACAGCAAACCGCUCAGCCACCGCAAGGCCUGCCAGCCAUGCAAGUGCCACCCCAUGGGUGCAGUGGGCCGUUGGUGUAACCAGUCCACAGGACAGUGUUUGUGUAGAGAAGGUGUCACAGGACAGAGGUGUAACCGUUGUGCCCCGGGAUACAAGCAAGGUCAUUCCCCUCUUCGGCCAUGUAUCCGUAUUCAGGAGUUUGCACCACCCACCCCAGUUUACCAGCCUCAGUACAGCAUUGGUGAGGAAUGUCUUUCUUACUGUCCCCCUUCCCAAGCAAGAGUCAAAAUGAAUUUAGAGACAUAUUGUCUCAAGGACUAUGUGCUGAAGGUGCAGGUCAAAAGUAAGGAACGUUCUGGUCCCUGGUGGCAGUUUUCCAUAUUGGUGCAGUCAGUUUUUCGCAUGGGCUCUUCACAUGUAAAGCGAGGAAUUCAGGCCCUCUGGGUUCCAGAUCGGGACCUGAGCUGCGGUUGUCCUGCGCUUCAGAUAGGCCGCACAUUCCUCCUGAUCGGAGGGGAGGAAAGCGGCCGGAGUUGGGUCCCCGAGGAGAGGCGGUUAGUCGCAGACCGCACCACAAUGGCUUUGCAGUGGAGGGAACACUGGAGCCCCAAAUUAAGAGGCUUCCGCGGGCAGGACACCCGGGGGAAGUGCCCACAGGGAAACACCACUGCACAGAAACACUCUCACCCAAGCUCAUACGAAGAAUACACACCCCCACAUCUUAACAAACUGCAGUCUGAGCCACACAGACCAAAUAAACAUACACAUACGGUGCAUAAACAGCAUCAUUUAACCACACAAUCUGGAGGAUCAGACCUCACACACACACACAAAAGAGGAGGAACUCGGGGCAUACAAAGAAAAGACACAGAAACACACCUUGAGGAGGACAGUAAGGCUGAAAACGUCACUCAGGAAACACACCAUGUAUUGCAGCACACCCAGGAUCCUUUCUCAGGUACUUCAAAGACGAGUCAGGCCAAUGAGCAUGAGCAGUACCACCCGACAGCAUGUCCAACGUGGUCACCUGGGCCAACUGUCUAACAAAAUGAGAUACUGUGA